AUGGUUAACCUCGUCCCCACAUCCAAAUAGUGAGCGAGAGUAAAGGCGCGCACAAGAGAGGGCGGACGCCGCCUGCUUCAGCUCCGCAACCGCUGUUCACCAAAGGCGGGUAGGCGGGUGGGGGAGACAAGAGAGGGAACUCGUCUUCUAUCUUCUGCGCCGAGAUGUUCUAACAGAGCGCGAUUUUCAAGGAGGUGCUAAAACAAGUGUUUGAUGGGGGAAAGGAGAGCUUUGUUAGCGCACCGGAGAGAGAUUUACGCGGGGGAGGCGAGCGCAACCGCCGUUCCGCUGCCGAGGUGCGCGCACACCAACUCGGCGGGACACGUCGCACGUUCCUCCGGAUGGGAAAGUCUCCGAUGAAGCGUCGCUCUCCAGGCUACAGUGUGAUGCACGAGCCGGGGGUUGCAUCUGGAUUGUCAAGAACUUACAGGUCUCCGACUGCUGAAUGCCGCUAGGGUCUCAAGCGCCGUUCAAGGAAUCGCCUAUCAUUAAAAAGACUUUUGCCCUUUUGUUGCUAUGGAGAACCUUAGCGAGCUCCAGAAUCCUUUGUUGGACAAAAAUAGCAAGCACAUGGUCAACGGUUAUGGAGGAGACUUCCCGAACAACCAGUUCCAGGAGAACAUUAUCAACUACUUUGGUGGCGAGAGCGACGGCGGCGGUGGCGGCGGCGGAGGGAAGCCGGUCAAUGUAGUAAGCGGCGGGGGCGGCUACAAUAGCAACGGCAAGAUGAAGUCGCAGCAGCUCUUGGAUGCUACCUCGCUGCAUUUAGCCGUGGAGGCCUUCUACAGGCCCAACUUCAUCCUGUACAAAGAGGACAAUGGCAGCAUCAAGGCCAAGGAAUAUAAAAGCGAGUGCUGUGAGACCACCUUCACGGAGAAGAAGGCCAAGGAGACGUCCAACUCGACCGGAGGGUCCGCGGCCGGCUCGGAGGAACCGCAGGCAAAGGUGCCGGAGGACGGCGAACAUGUCAAAAUCCAGACCGUUUCAUAUGAGGUGGAGGAGGAAGAGUACGUAGAGUAUGAGACAGACUGCUCUAGCGACAGCGAGAGUGAGGACAAUUUCAUCGUGGUGCCUCCGAGGGACCACCUGGGCUUGGCCAUCUUCUCCAUGCUCUGCUGCUUCUGGCCUCUGGGAAUCGCAGCAUUUUACUUCUCGCAGGGGACCACCAAGGCGGUCCACAAAGGCGACUUCCCGCUGGCGAACAUCGCCUCCCGACGUGCUCUGUUCCUGGCCGCCCUCUCCAUCACAAUUGGCACCGGAGUCUACGUGGGGGUGGUGGUGGCACUUAUCGCCUACCUUUCAAAACCGGGACACAUCUAGCCGAUUGCUCAUAUCUGCCGGGAAGAGAAGAGCUGCUUGAAGCUUGCAUAUUUAGAGGAUCGUUCUUUGGUGGCUGUACAGAUUUUCCCCUGCCACCCUCAUUUCUUUUCCCUGAAGAUUCCCCCCCGUCAGCCAGAAUUAGCACAGCGGCAGGAAAAGGGGGCGAGCUUGAAGGUGCGGCAAGGAUGAGGAAAAGUUGACAAGAAUGGAUGUUUUCCCUCAUCAUAGUGAGGUUAUCCUCCAUUGAACUCUACGAGAAUCAUUGCAAGCUGAAGAAUGUUAGGAACCACAAACUCCAUCGUUGGUGUCCUUUGAGCCUCCCUGGAGCCUAAAAAAAUAAUUUCAAGAAAACCAGGACUGAUAAGAGCAUCAUUUCGAAUGCAUAAAACAUCACAGAGCUUUUUCAUUUCACUCCCCCUUGUGUCAAAGCCCCCACAACGCAAUUGUCUCACGCCAGGUGUUUACCCACCAUCCAGAUGUGCUUUGUUUUUGUUUUUCAAACACUUUGUCUAAAGACACCUUGUCAAACAGCCUGUGGCGGUGUCCAAUCGUGGGUUAACAAGCAACUGGGUGAAAAAAAUAAAUGGAUAAAUGGAAUUAGCCCAACAACUAUUCCAUUCAUACCAAUCUUACCCUAUCAACCACAUUACUCUCAUCAAAUAAGUAUGAUGGAAGAAUUACAAACACAUUUUUGGCAAGUCCAUGUUAACACAGAUGUUUAAAAAAAAAAAAAAACUGAUUUUUCUCCGGCGGCCAGCGUGUUUCGUCUUAUGCGUUUGUGUGUUGAAAACUGAGCUCUUUGUCUCGAAAACGUGCGCUAUUAUCUCAAUUAUUUCGAAAAAUGACAAACAGCAGAACAAAAACAGUAUUGACUCAAGCUGGGUACACACAUGCUCAUUUUUAACAUCCAUUUUUGAACACACAUAAAGACGACCGCAGAUGACCCACAAUGUACACCACACAAAUAACGAUAAAUUACACGUUUUUUUUUUUUUUUCAGCCUUGUGGCAGGCCAAAAUGCAUCUACAUCUAUUGUACCAGGAACCGCCGUUUAUCACACAGAAGAUUUUUUUGGGCCCACAAAAUCUGCUUGGUGGAGAGACCAUCCAUUUUUUUUUUAACUUGAAUUUUCCACCCCUGGAACUUGAAAGCACAUUUCUAAAAGUAUUCCUUGCCACCUGUUCUCACUGUCUCGCUUGCACAGUUCUCCAAAUAACGCUUGCUCGCUUCAAGCUGUUUAUUUUUCACUCCCAGGAGAUGAUUACUGUGAAACUGACACAACUCGAAAGUCAAACUUGCCUGGAUCAUGUGAAAACCUUUCAAAGAAAAAAAAAAAAGGAUCCACUUAAAAAUCUGCAAUGUGGUGGGGUUCAACAUAUUGCAUGUUUUUUCAAAAAUAUGUUAAACAGGAAAUUGAUUCGUCACAACUCUAAAACUAUACUACAACUAUUGGUAUGUGGGGGGGGGGGGGGUUCCCUCUUUUGGCACAUACCCAGAUUUUGACCACAGGUCACCCCAAGCCACUGCAUUGUACAGAAUGUUUCCCGUUAUCUCCCAAAAAAUUGUGCAUCAGAAAAAAAAAAAAAAAAAAGAAAAACCCAAAGCCAAGUUUGGUCAUCUAUGGAAGCUACAAAUCAGGCUGAAUUGUGUCGACUCUCUGACAGAGUCAGAUUGAGUGGGUGAUCAAUUUGGCUCGUACUGCCGGCAACGCGUCACCCAUAGCAUGAUUGAUCUUUUUAGUUUUUUUUUUUUUUUUUUUUUAGCUUAAAUUAAAAUUGAUCAUGCUGUGGGGGAGGUGGGGGGCAACUCCCUCCAUUCAAGGAACACGCAAGAUUCCGUGACAGCAAAUAGUGGAGGGAAAAAAAAACAUGAUGUAAAAAAAAAGGCUGAUUAAUUACCCAAGUGACUUUAUUUUUAAUUGCAAGUUCAAGCGUGUGAGAGCACAAGAAGCGACAUUCUGCUUAGCUCCCCCUGCAUCAGUCACAGCUGACAUUUAUGGAACACAAUUAGCUCCUUCCUUCUCUUCCAAGGGAUUGUGUACUCUCCGGAGCGUGGCCCGAAAAUAGCACAAGCACAUCCAUUUCAAUAAUAGGCCGCGGCGUCAGCGGAGAGUAAACGAUCCGCUAAAGAAGUCAGCGGCAUCCACCAGGGAACGUUUGGAUGCAACGCGCUAGUUUGAAUGCUCACCGGGUGUAAAAAUGGUGACAGUUGAUUUGGGAACCCUGAGGUGCACUUGCGGCCGGUCCGAGAUGCCCGUUAUUAUGUUGUAUAUGUUUAACCGAGGGCUGGCCACAUAUGGCCCACUCCAUUCUUUAAUGUGGCUCACAGAGCAUUUACACAGAGUUCAUUAAUGGGGGAGUUAAAAACGUAAAAGAAAAAAAAAUCCCUUGUCAUAAUUAAAAGUUAAAAGAAUCAUAAUGACUUGAUAGUAGUACAUGAUCCGUGUAAAUAUGGUGCGAAAAAAAAAAUCUGAAAAAUCAGACAGCAUCCUAUGCCUCUAAUCUGAUAUGCAAUGAACCACCGCGCCCGAUG